UCAUUCUAGUGUUGGAUCUUGUAGUAAUAUCUCACAGAAAUUGCCAUCAACUUCUUUGGUGGUUGAAAGUGUUAUUUAUGGCAGAGAUGCUGACAAAGAAAUUAUCUUUAAUUGGCUCACAUCCGAAAGUGAGAAUCAUAACCAACCAUCCAUACUUUCAAUUGUAGGCAUGGGUGGAUUGGGUAAGACCACACUAGCCCAGCAUGUUUACACAAUGACCCAAAGAUGGACACUAUUAAAUUUGAUAUCAAAGUUUGGGUCUGUGUUUCAGAUCAUUUUGAUGUUUUGACGGUCACAAAAACCAUUCUUGAGGCCAUCGAUAAUAAAAAAGAUGAUAACCUAGAAAUGGUUCACAAAAAACUAAAAGAAAAAUUGUCAGGAAGGAAAUUUCUUCUUGUUUUGGAUGAUGUUUGGAAUGAAAAACGAGAAGAAUGGGAAGCUGUGCGAACUCCUCUUAGCUAUGGGGCUCCAGGAAGUAGAAUUAUCGUCACAACACGUGCUGAGAGAGUUGCUUCUAACAUGAGGUCUGAAGUGCAUAGUCUGAAGCAAUUAGAAGAGGAUGAAUGCUGGAAAGUUUUCAUAAAACAUGCACUAAAAGAUGAUGAUCUUAAAUUGAACGAUGAGCAAAAGGAGAUUGGAAGAAGGAUAGUUGAGAAAUGCAAAGGAUUUCCUCUGGCUUUGAAAACAAUUGGAAGUCUUUUGCACACAAAGUCAUCCAUUUCAGAUUGGAAAAUCUGA